UCACUUUGUUGAUGGUGGCUAUUUCCUGAAUCGCUGCAUGAAUAUCUAUUAAUCAUCACCAAACACCACACAACAGGAAACAAACACUGCUAUCAUGUUAAGCUUCCUUCCUCAUUAUUUCUAAAGCAUUCUCAAAAUAAGGCAUUAGAUUCAAAUCUUGUGUUAAAACUGUUACUCUUGUUAUUUGUGUUUAUUGCAACGGAUGCAUUACCAUACUUUAAAUUGUACAACAAUUCACUUGAUACAUAUUGAAAAAAAACUGUAUACAUCACUCACCACCCCCAGAGCAUUCUGCUAAUCUCCGAAUGUACAAAACCAUCACACUUCACACCACCCCCACCCGAAAUAUAAAUUUUAAACUCCAUAUACACUACAUGAAUGUAUAUCUUUGCCAACAUCCACACCUGCACACAAACAUAUCCAAAUACAAACAGACAUGCAUGCAUGUGUGCACCAAAAGGGAUCUUAUACAAAUAUUUCAAAAUAAUUAUAUAGCAAAAUGUGGCAGUGAAAGGGCUAAAAGUCAGAACAGAUAAUGCUUUUCAGUUCCUAAAUUUAAAGAGCCAAGAGUUUUUCAGGGACAUUUAAUAAUGGUUAUAAUUGAAACGAGAACAGUUAAACAUGCAGUAAAUGGAUUUCAAUUGAAGUUAAUGCAAUAAGAUAAAGGACUCAUUAAUGAUUUUUAUACAAGCCUCAAGGGCAAAAUGUUUAAAGGGUUUCUACAUGCAAGGCAUUGUAAACUGAUAAUGUUCAAUAAUACUGGCCCCUCUGAUGCAAAUAGUCAACCCUUCUUUAAAAUAACUUUGCGUGUUAACAUUUAAUGAAAAGCAGAACCACCGGGCUUCCUAGAAAUGCAAAAACCCACAUCACAUUUUUUUUCGUAAAGAGGUUUCCCUUUAAAGAAUGCAGACAGUCCUCAAUGUGUUAUUCCUCUGAUCUGUAGUCAGCGAGGCAACACUAAACUCAACAUGAAAUGCAAUUUCACUGGAACUCUGCUGAUCAGUGUGCUCCCUCCACUGUUGGUGACAGAAUUUGUUUUGGGAGUCCUUGGAAAUGGUUUGGCUCUCUGGAUCUUCUGCUUCCACCUGAAGCCCUGGAAGAGCAGCACGGUGUUACUCUUUAACCUGGCAAUGGCUGACUUCUUUCUCAUCAUGGUUUUGCCUUUCCGUGCCAGCUACUACAUCUCUGAGAUCAAGUGGAGGUUUGGAGACGCUCUCUGCAACACCUGCCUCUUCAUGUUGGCAAUGAACCGCAGUGGAAGUACCCUCUUCUUGAUGGCUAUCGCUGUGGAUAGGUACAUGCGUGUGGUGCAUCCCCAUCAUCCCAUCAACUCUCUGAGUAUCUCCAAAGCCAUGUGUGGAGCACUUGCACUAUGGUUGCUCACCAUCUCAAUUUCAGCUCAUGUCUUCACUCUGCAACACAACAACACAACCUACUGUGAGAGCUUCAUGAUUGAGACUGAAGCCCACAGUAAUCUGAGCUGGCAUAAAUUUACGUUCCUCUUUUCCUUCUAUAUGCCUCUGCUUGUGAUUCUCUACUGCACAUUCCAAAUUAUUGGCCACCUGAGAAGGAGACAGUUGGCCCAGCAUGCAAAGAUUAAGAAGGCUCUGUGCUUCAUCACAGUAGUGGCGGUGCUCUUCAUCAUUUGCUUCCUCCCGAGCAACAUCACACAACUGCUGAUUUGGAUCAAGUUCCAACAAGUACCCAGCAGCACCCUCUCUGAUCCUGAAGUCUGCCUUGCUCUGGAAGACCUGACCACCGUGUUUUACAUCACCAUUAGCCUGACCUAUCUCAACAGCGUGCUGGACCCUGUGGUUUACUACUUCUCCAGCCCUGUCUUCAAGAACAUCUGCAGGAAAGCUCUUCAUCUGUCCCAAGCAGACACUGCUGAAAGUGCAGAGAAGAAAACUCGAGAAACAGGCUCCCAGUCGCUCAGCCAGCUGUGA